CCUGACUACAACUGAGCUCGCAGCAUCAAGGAACAGAACAAGACAGUCGCAGAGGACAGAAAGAGAAAGAUGAACGCCUGGGUUCGUUUUAUAGUUCUUGUAGCAUGCCUCCUUCCGGCCUUGGUGGAAUGCAGUAUCGUUCGGCAUUACAAGUUUAAUGUGGUGAAGGCCCAAGCCACUAAACUAUGUUCAUCCAAGCCCAUUGUGACAGUCAACGGCAAGUUCCCUGGCCCUACUCUAUACGCGCGGGAAGGCGAUACGGUGCUGGUGAGAGUCGUCAACCACGUCAAAUACAACGUUUCCAUUCACUGGCAUGGAAUCCGGCAGCUCCGAACAGGAUGGGCGGACGGACCGGCAUACAUCACGCAAUGUCCAAUCCAGCCGGGUCAGAGCUACGUCUACAACUUCACCAUUACAGGGCAACGAGGCACUCUGCUCUGGCAUGCACAUAUUCUCUGGCUCAGAUCCACCGUCCAUGGUGCCCUUGUUAUUCUUCCCAAGCACGGUGUUCCGUAUCCAUUCCCUAAACCCGACAAGGAAGUAGUUGUCGUUUUAGGUGAAUGGUGGAAAUCAGACACUGAAGCCGUAAUCAAUGAAGCUCUCAAGUCUGGAUUGGCUCCAAAUGUGUCGGAUGCCCACACUAUCAACGGCCACCCUGGACCCGUCUCUAAUUGUUCUUCUCAAGACGGCUUCACCUUACCAGUUCAAAACGGCAAGACUUACAUGUUACGGGUAAUCAACGCUGCGCUCAAUGAAGAACUCUUCUUCAAAAUCGCAGGUCACAAACUCACCGUCGUCGAAGUUGAUGCCACAUACGUAAAACCAUUCAAAAUCGACACAAUUCUAGUAGCCCCAGGUCAAACCACCAAUGUGCUGGUCACCGCCGAUCAAAAUGCUGGAAAGUACUUGGUCGCUGCCUCCCCUUUCAUGGACUCUCCAAUUGCCGUAGAUAACUUAACUGCCACCGCAACUUUGCACUACUCCGGUACGCUUGCUGCCGCCCCCACAACUCUCACCAACACUCCUCCUCAAAAUGCCACCCCUGUGGCUAACAAUUUCACAAACUCCCUCCGUAGCCUCAACUCAAAAAAGUACCCUGCUACCGUCCCACAAACCGUCGAUCACAAUCUUCUUUUCACCGUCGGUCUAGGGAUUAACCCUUGCCCCACCUGCAAAGCCGGGAAUGGCAGCCGAGCCGUAGCUGCAGUCAACAAUGUCACCUUUGUCAUGCCUACCACAGCCCUGCUUCAAGCACAUUUCUUCAAAAUUGGUGGCGUUUUCACCACUGAUUUUCCUGGGCAACCACCGCAUGUGUUUAAUUACACCGGAACACCACCGUCAAAUUUGCAGACUACUAAUGGGACUAAGGUUUAUAGGCUGGCUUACAACUCUACCGUCCAGUUAGUUUUGCAAGAUACUGCAAUAAUAGCACCGGAAAAUCACCCUGUCCAUCUCCAUGGAUUCAAUUUCUUUGCUAUUGGCAGGGGAUUAGGAAAUUACAAUCCGAAGACAGAUCCUAAGAGUUUUAAUCUCGUUGAUCCUGUAGAGAGGAACACAAUUGGGGUGCCAUCUGGUGGAUGGGUGGCUAUCAGAUUCCGAGCAGACAACCCUGGGGUCUGGUUCAUGCAUUGUCAUCUGGAAGUGCAUACGACGUGGGGGCUUAAGAUGGCAUUCUUGGUGGAUAAUGGCAAAGGUCCAAAUGAGUCACUUCUACCGCCUCCAAGUGAUCUUCCAAAAUGUUAAACGGCUCCAUAGAGAGAUUUGCCCAUCAAAGAAGGGAUGGGAAAGUGUUAACAAAUAAACGAGAUGAUGGAAAUGAAAUAUGGAUUUGUUUCUUGUGCAAAUUUGCUCAACUAUAUUUUAUGAAGUGUAUGUUAACAUUUUUGAUUUUAUACCAACAAAAAAAAAAUAAUAAUCAACUUUUUAAGUUCAU